ACUACGCGUCCAACGUCACAUCUGCGACAAUCGCUCCGAUCGUCUUUUAAAAACAAAACAUGUCUACUGCAAUGAAUUUCGGGUCCAAGAGUUUUCAACCUCGACCACCUGACAAAGGGUCGUUCCCAUUAGAUCAUUUUGGAGAGUGCAAAGCCUUCAAGGAGACGUUCAUGAAAUGUUUGCGAGAGAGCAGCUUCGACAAUUCCAAGUGUCGACUCCAGUCCAAAGCCUACCUGGAAUGUCGUAUGGAACAUCAGCUCAUGACAAAGGAACCAUUGGAAAAACUGGGAUUCAAAGACCUGUCAGAUCCUCCUCCCAGACAAGCAAACGAAGACUGCCAACACUGACACGGCACCCUUCCACAAUGCUGAAUAUAUCCAAACACUUGUGUGUGUGGACUCUGGUACAAAAGUGUGCAAACAGUUUUGAUAGAAUGUCCCAGGAUUGUAUAUAAAAUGUCUAAUAUAAGGAGAUACUGUUUGUAAUUAAACCUUUUGUAUUUAAACCUAA